AUGUCGCGUGAAUUGAUGAUUGGUGACAAUGGCGAGACCAUUGGCAAUACUCCCCUCGUUCAGCUUCGCAAUAUCACCAAAGGUCUCGACGCGAAAAUUGGUGAGUUUUUCGGGUUUUUGACAAUAAUUAGGAAAUUACGCGAAAUUUUCAAUUCCAGCGGUCAAAAUCGAAUAUUUGAAUCCGUCAAUCUCGGUCAAGGAUCGAAUCGCAAAAUCGAUGGUUGAAGCGGCGGAAAAGGAGGGAAAAAUCCAGCCGGGGAAGUCGGUGCUUGUUGAGGGAACUUCGGGAAAUCUGGGAAUCGCGUUGGCACAUAUUGGAAAGAUUAAAGGGUGAGAGACGUGGCAAACUUCAUAAAAAUAGUCAAAUUUUUCCAGCUACAAGGUCAUUUUGGUGAUGCCAUCCACAAUGAGCAUGGAACGUCGUGCUAUGCUGCGAGCUUACGGCGCUGAGGUUAUUCUCUCUGACCCAAAAGAAGGCCAUCCUGGAACUAUGAAACGUGUCGAAGCCCUCGUCGCCGCUCUUCCCGGUGGCUAUUGUUUAGACCAAUUUUCGAAUCCCGCAAACCCGCUGGCUCAUUAUAGAACCACAGGACCCGAAAUCUGGCGACAAACUGAAGGAAAAGUCGAUAUUGUGUGUUUUGGUGUUGGAAGUUCGGGAACCGUCACGGGAUGUGGGAGAUUUUUGCGAGAGAAGAAUCCGAAGAUUGGAGUUUAUGCGGUGGAACCAUUCGAGAGUUCGGUGUUGAGUGGAUUUCCGAGAGCUCCCCAUAAAAUCCAGGGAAUUGGAGCAGGCGUUGUGCCAGAGAAUUUCGAUAGAAAAUUGGUGGAUGAAAUUAUUCGCAUCAAAUCUGACGAUGCAAUUGCGAUGGCUAGAAGAUUGGGAGAGGAAGAGGCGAUUUUGGGUGGAAUUUCGAGUGGUGCAAAUGUUUUGGCUUGUGUUGAAUUGGCGAAACGAGCGGAGAAUAAGGGAAAAUUGAUUGUGACCACUGUGAAUAGUUAUGCGGAAAGAUAUUGGUGAGAGUUUGAGAGGAUUUAUGAGGUGGAACACAAAUUUUUCCAGCUCCACCGAAUUAUACUCGCAAAUUUUGGAAGAUUGCGGGAAAAUGCAAAUUGCCUCGUGUGAACAAGCCAUUGAAAUUGCCAAAAAAUACCUAGGAAUUUAA